GUGCAGGGUAUCACGAAGGACUUGGUCGCAAAGGCCAUGGAGGACAUCACCACUAUGCGAGCUGAACACCUAGAGCAUCUGCAGCGCUUGGCAAGAAAGCGGCCUCGAGUAGAUCAGCCAGCGGAAGAGCAGGACCACCAGCCGGACAUCCAGGCAGCCGCGAGCCCUCCGCUGAGCCAGCAA